AAAAAAUUCUAUCAAUCUAUCAAACCUAAUUGAAAGAAGAGAAGAAGAAAGGAAAAAGAGAUCUGAUAAUAAUAAACAAAACGAUGUCGUCUUCGGGAAGCGAUCCACGUCAGCCAUCGACGGCGAAGCCAUACAAGCCAAAACCUGUUCAUCCUGAUAAUGUCCCCAUUGAUUAUUCCGGUUUUAUCGCCAUCAUCUGCGGUGUCGCUGGCGUUAUGUUUCGUUAUAAGCUUGGUUCAUGGCUUGCUCUCAUCUUCUGUGCACAAUCACUUGCUAACAUGAAGAAUAUAGAGACUGAUUUAAAACAGAUCUCCACGGGAUUUAUGUUUGCUGUUAUGGGAAUGGUGACAAAUUACAUGAGCCCUGCUCGAGGAGCAGUGAAGACUUAAGAUUUGACUCGGUUUACAUCUAGUCAUUUAAGGGUUCUUCCGUUUGUAAGGCUCAAGUAGGAGCGGAGACUAUGUUUGACUCGGUUUUAUCCGGUUAUUUGUAAUUGCAUAGGCCCCCCUUUCAUAUGAAGUGGAAGUUUGUUUUGCUUUUUCUCUGACUAGUAAGAAUGAAUCGUUGUCAUUUUGGUGUUUAAAAAUACCUCUUAAAUUAUGACAUUACCAUUCUUCUUGUUCUUAUAUAAUGGUCUAUGUUUGUAAUUA